AAGAAGCUCAUACGUGCCCCAGCAGCAAGCCCUGGCUUUUAAGUUCUUUGACAUGAAGCUAUUAGUGUGCAGUAGGACCCUGAGCAUCUGGGCUCUGGCCCUAAAUAGGCCACAGCCUGGAACAUCUGAAGGUCUCUGUGGCUCAUAAGUGGGAAUCUCCUAAUGAUCUUAGCUAUUUUUAAACAUGCCUGAUGCCACACUUCAUACUGCCCUAAGGCAGAGAAGCAACUCUACAAUCACCAGGUGAGCAGCCAAAGCUGCGGUGGUGAAAACUAGGAGGAAAAGAGGAAGAAGAAAGCAAAACAUAAAGAAGGUGAAAUAGUGAGGCAAUAUUAACAUCAAGUGAAGGCCCAAGACAGCAAGAAGACAAAGAGCAAGCAACUAAAAGUGACAAAAGGACGACACAAGCAAAGGGCUUUGGCAGGGUUUUCCUUUGGCUCUGUUUUUAUCUUGCUUUACGGCGCAGAAUGGGACAGCAAUUCACCAACGCUGAAGGGGAGCAAACAGAGAUUGAUGUUGCAGAACUGCAGGAAUGGUAUAAGAAGUUUGUGGUCGAAUGUCCCAGUGGGACCCUCUUCAUGCACGAAUUCAAGCAGUUCUUCGGGGUCCAGGAUAACCAUGAAGCAGCAGAGUACAUUGAAAACAUGUUCAGAGCUUUUGAUAAGAAUGGGGAUAAUACCAUUGAUUUUCUGGAAUAUGUAGCUGCCUUGAAUCUUGUUUUACGAGGAAAACUGGAACACAAGCUGAGGUGGACAUUCAAAGUGUAUGACAAGGAUGGGAAUGGCUGCAUAGAUAAACCCGAGCUGUUGGAAAUUGUUGAGUCCAUCUACAAGCUGAAGAAAGUGUGUCGAUCAGAGGUGGAGGAGAGGACCCCAUUGCUCACGCCAGAGGAGGUUGUGGACAGGAUAUUUCAGUUAGUGGAUGAGAACGGGGAUGGGCAGCUGUCUCUUGAUGAGUUCAUUGAUGGGGCCAGGAAAGACAAGUGGGUGAUGAAGAUGUUACAAAUGGAUGUAAACCCUGGGGGAUGGAUCUUGGAGCAGAGGAGAAAGAGUGCUUUGUUUUGAGAAAAUUCAGGUUUGAUACAGCUGAAAACGUGACUACAACUGUGGCUCUCUUGCUCUAGGGUGGUAGUGGUUUUCCUUUUUAAUACAAUCUCGGCAUCCAGAUGAAAACUUCAGUGGUUUAAGAAGCCCUAUCUCAAUCUAAAACCCAUGUGCUGCUGGUACCCCAUGAAUAAGUCAGUCUAUGUACAGAAUACCAUGCUUGCCAGCUGUGGUUUUUGGUUGCACCCCAAGGGACAGACUUUGUGGCUUCCUGUGGUGGAUCCUGAGCAGGGUUUUAGCCUGAUGCCAGGUGGGAUUGGGAAGUGACAGUGGUACUGUCUCCAGUGCAGACUAGUGUUGGCAUCAUUCAUGCCUGCGGGACACGAACACAUCAACCCAAAAGUAACAGCAGAAGAGGUGGUCUGGCAGUCUUCAUACAUCCAGGAUGUCUAGAUGUAUGUUUAGUAGAGUAUACUGCUAAUGUAAGAUACUGAACAGCAACAAGUGACUAUCAAGUGUGAGAACUGGAUUACAAGCAGAGCCAGGCCAAUAUACAGUUGAGGAAAACAAGGUGUGGGCUGGAAGGUGGAGCAGUAACUCCAUCUUGCAUCUCCCUGCUGGGGACCAGACUCUGCUCCUUCUUCCUGUUCAGAGACCUGGGUUCUGUGGGGCUGGAAAAAAGCUAUUUCCAAACACUGAGCAGCAAUAGAAAAUGUACCUCUUCUUGAGAGCCACUUGUAGAGGUCAGACUUGCACAGUGUGCUUCUGCUCCUUUUGAGCCCCUGUUUCUCACUUGAAUCAUCACUCUAAACAGCUUUCCCUGCCCUGUAAAGACUGAAUGAGCUUGAGGAGCUCCAAGACUUUCACUGCACUGGGACCAAUUUUGAAUGGAAGGAGAGAGAAGGGAAGAGCAGAGUUUUGCUCUCUGCAGUGAGAGGAUUGGUGCUGCUUUAUCAGCAGGACCACAGAAUGGAGCAAGUGACAGAAUCUGAGUUACUGAAGUGGUACAGUGGUUUUACACUGGACUUAAUUUAGCCACAGGAUGUAGGUAUAAAGUUUGCACGGUUAUAGGCUGAGCUACUCUUCUAUCCCACAUUCCUACAUAUAUACAUGUAUGUGGAAAGAGAAUUGGGGUUGAAACAAAGUUUUUGUUCACCUUAGUUGUUAGCAAGAAAAUAACACGAGUUUUUGUGGCUUAAUUUUCCCAUGGGAUCAGUGGGCCAGCUCAUACCCAUGAAAAGAUUUGCAAUCCCUUUUUUGUGGCCUUUAUGACUGUAUUAUCUUUCAUUAGUUGGUUAGCUUGUGCUUUGUCCUGGCAAUUUAACCAAUGGAACAAAUUCAGGAAUAUGAGGGAUCCAUAGGGAUAAGACACAAUCACUGCUAGAGUUCAUAUGCACAUUUCCAUGUCUGAACGGCCUUUAGAAGAGUGCUCUGGAAGUACACACCAUGCUCAGUUAUCAAAGCUCAUUAGACUUCCAGUUUAUGCUGCUGUAAGGCAGCUGUUUAAAGCUCAUUCAGAUCAAUAGCUGAGCAGACAAAGAGCUGGAAGAAAAACCUGACUUCUGACUUGAGAAGAAUAAAAGAUCUCUUGCC